AUGGGAAUUCCGGACGCGGUCCUAUGUCAGAAUAACUUCAACGAUGAGUGGAAGUACGCGGCCCCUGGCUCGGGAUGCAAGAGGUUCAUCAAUUGCUAUGGUCAGGAUUACCAUGGAAUGCUUCAGUGUCCCGAGACGACUCUCUUCAAUGAAAACACCCAGAGGUGUGAAUACCUACUAGAUUUCAACUGUCAGGUAGCCCUCAACCAAACCCCAGACUGUGUGACCGGCGUGGAUUCCUACAAUUGCUCAGCCUUCACAUACUGCUAUCUUAACACCCAGUACAACUUCAGCUGCAACCAAGACCUCUACUACUCUCAGAGCAAACUCACCUGUGUGUACGCUGAAGAUCUGACAGAGGAUGACAAACUCAGAUGCAACUUCCGCAACGGACAAUAGGAUUCAGCAUAAACUAUGUAUUCUCUGAACUUCAAAUAAAGCCAGUCAGACAAUUAUAA